AGGUCAAAGUUCAUUUCUACAACACGUGGCUCAACUCUUUGAAAGUAGGGCGUGAAAAGCUUCUCUUCAAAACCUAAAAGUAAGUCUGCACUAACAGAAGAAAUGUCCUCUCGCCACAAGAGACCCCCCAACUCCUCCUUGUUCGUGAGGGGCCUCAAUCUUUCCACAACGGCUGAUGAUUUGAAAGACCUGUUUACUCGUUAUGGUUCUGUCCAGGACGUCUACCUUCCCUUGGACUACUACACUCGUGAACCAAGAGGCUUUGCGUAUGUGCAGUUUGAAGAUAUUCGAGAUGCUGAGGAUGCCCACCACUACCUUGAUGGCACUAGGCUUCAUGGACGAGAGCUGGAAAUACAGUACGCUGAGGGUGACAGAAAAACUCCUGGUCAGAUGAGAACCAAAGAGCAUGGAGGGAAAUACGGUGGAAGAGGCGAUCGCAGGAGGUCACGAUCCCCCAGUCCAAGAAGGAGGAGACGUUCCUAUUCCCCCAGGAGAAGGUCAAGGAGCCCCAGGCGAUCCAGAAGCCCUUACAGUCCCAGGAGAAGAGGUCACAAGUCCAGGUCCCGCUCCUUCUCUAAGUCUCCAUCUCGUUCCAUCAGUCGAUCUCUGAGCCGUUCCCGCUCCAGAUCCUUAUCCCGUUCCCCUCAGAAAUGAUAAACUGAACUUUUCUGAUUGUCUACUAUUAUCCUUAUUAUGACAUUGUUAUGUAUUAUGAUUAUACACAUAUACCUCUAUAUACUGUAUGUAUCUAGUAUGGUUUUUGUUAUAAAUUUUGCUUACAAUGUUCACGAUGGAUGAACUGGUUAAUUGUUACAA